AUGCUCUUCCUCUUUGAGACCUUCCACUUUGAGACCAUUCACUUUGAGACCUCCCAUUUUGAGACAUUCCAUUUUGAGACGUUCCACUUUAAGAGCUCCGACUUUCAGACAUUCAAUUUUGAGACCUACGAUUUUGAGACCAUUCACUUUGAGAACUUCCCCAUUGAGACCUUCCCCUUUGAGACCAUCCACUUUGAGAACAUCCAUUUUGAGUCCUUCCAUUUUGACAACUUCCUCUUUGGGAUCUUCCCCUCUGAGACCAUCCACUUUGAGACCAUUCACUUUGAGACCUCCCACAUUGAGACCUCCCACUUUGAGACCUUCCAUUUUGAGAACUUCGAUUUUGAUACCUUCCAUUUUGAGUCCUUCCAUUUUGAGACCUUCCACUUUGAGACAUUCCAUUUUGAGACCAUCCACUUUGAAGCCAUGAACUUUGAGUCCUUCUAUUUUGAGACCUUUCCCUUUCAGACCAUCCGCUUUGAGACAUUCCCCUUUGAGACCAUCCACUUUGAGACCAUUCACUUUGAGACUUUCCGAUUUGAUAUCUUCCACUUUGAGACCAUCCACUUUCAGUCCUUCCAUUUUGAGACCUUCCCCUUUGCGACCUUCCCCUUUGAGACCAUCCACUUUGAGAUUUUCCACUUUCUGUCCUUCCAUUUUGAGACCUUCCCCUUUGAGUCCAUCCACUUUGAGAACUUCCACUUUGAGACCAUCCAUUUUGAGACAUUCCCCUUUCAGACCAUCCACUUUGAGACCAUACACUUUGAGACAUUCCACUUUGAGAGCAUCCACUUUGAGACCAUUCAUUUUGAGACCUUCCACUUUGAGUCCAUCCACUUUGAGACCAUCCACUUUGAGACCAUUCAUUUUGAGACCUUCCUCUUUGAGACCUUCCCUUUUGAGACUAUCCACUUUGAGACCAUCCACUUUGAGUCCUUCCAUUUUAAUACCUUUCCCUUUGAUACCAUACGCUUUGAGACCUUCCGCUUUGAGAUCUUCCACUUUGAGACCAUCCACUUUCAGUCCUUCCAUUUUGAGACCUUCCCCUUUGAGUCCAUCCACUUUGAGAACUUCCACUUUGAGACCAUCCAUUUUGAGACCUUCCCCUUUCAGACCAUCCACUUUGAGACCAUACACUUUGAGACAUUCCCAUUUGAGACCUUCCAGUUUGAGAGCAUCCACUUUGAGCAUUCAUUUUGA